AUGCUACUUCGCACUGUCGGAGCAAAUCGUCUUCUCUGUUCAUUUUCACAUUCUCGCUUCAAACCUUCCUUCUCUCUCCGACCCAUUUCAUCCAUGGCUGAAGAAUUCGUCAAAGGAACCGUCAAUUCUAACGGCGUCGCCGUUCUCACCCUCGAUCGCCCCAAAGCUCUCAACGCCAUGAACCUAGAUAUGGAUGUAAAGUAUAAAAGUUAUCUUGAUGAAUGGGAAUCAGAUCCAAAUGUCAAAUGUGUUUUGAUUGAUAGCAGCUCCACUCGCGCAUUUUGUGCCGGUAUGGAUAUUAAAGGGGUUGUUGCUGAAAUACAGAAGGACAAAAGCGGUGAUGUGAAGCAGAUAUCAAUCAAAAACCACCUAUCAGAUAUGAUUGAGGUCUUCACAGCUGAGUAUUCUUUGAUAUGCAAAAUUUCUGAGUACAAGAAACCAUAUAUUAGUUUCAUGGAUGGAAUAACAAUGGGUUUUGGAAUUGGCUUAUCUGGUCAUGGUCGCUAUCGUAUCGUUACAGAGAGAACUGUUCUUGCCAUGCCAGAAAAUGGAAUUGGCUUGUUCCCAGAUGUAGGGUUUGCUCAUAUAGCAGCUCAAAGUCCAGGAGACGGAGCUGUUGGUGCUUAUCUUGGAUUGACUGGAAAGAGGAUUUCUACUCCAUCUGAUGCAAUAUAUGUUGGCCUUGGAACACAUUACGUGCCUUCGGGAAAGUUAGGUUCAUUCAAGGAGGCCCUUUUGGCAACACACUUUUCUCAGGAUCCCCAUCAGGACAUCAAAGUACUUUUAGCAAGGUAUGAGUCAAACCCGGAUUCUGAGGCACAGUUGAAGUUGCUUUUACCUCAGAUAAUUUCUUCAUUUGGAAGAAAUAAGUCUGUUACUGAGAUUAUUAAGGAUCUAAAACAACACCAGUCAAGCACUGACUCCAAUGUUUCUGAGUGGGCUAAUGAAGCUCUCCAAGGCCUUGGAAAAGGUGCUCCCUUCUCCCUUUUUUUGACCAAUAAGUACUUCUCUGCAGUUGCCUCUGCAGUAGGAAAAGGCAACGGUGAAUUAUCCACGCUUAUUGGCGUAAUGAAAACUGAGUAUCGCAUUGCCUUGAGGUCUUCACUGCGACAUGAUUUUGCAGAAGGUGUUCGAGCAGUAUUGGUCGAUAAAGAUCAGAACCCAAAAUGGAAACCCUCGAGUUUGGAGGAAGUUGAUAAAAGUGAAGUUGAAGCUGUCUUUAAACCAUUAGGAGCAGAGGCGAGGGAGCUGUCUGUGUAA